CCCUCGUGGCAACACGUGUGUUCCGCAUGGCGCUCCGUGGAGCCAUCCGCCUAUGGGUGAGGCAGGCUGCCCCUCGUGCCCCGGGGCCGCCCUGUCCGAGCGGCCACCCCCGUGGGGCCUGCACGGCCUCCUGCCUGGUCUACGCCGCUCACGGGGAGCCACAGCACGUGCUCCGGUUAGAGGAGCGGACACUGCCCCCGGUCGGCGAGGGAGAGGUACGGGUUCGGAUGCUCGCGGCUCCCAUCAACCCGGGCGACAUCAACAUGGUGCAGGGUAAAUACGUGGUACAGCCGCCCCUACCUGCAGUGGGGGGGAAUGAGGGUGUGGGGCAGGUGGAGGAAGUUGGGUCAAAGGUCACGACCCUAAAACUGGGCGACUGGGUCCUGCCAUCUGACUCUGGCUUCGGCACGUGGAGGACGAGGGCCGUGUGCCCGGAGGCCGCCCUCCUGCGCGUGCCGUCCGAGCUGCCCCUGCUGAGCGCCGCCACCAUCGGCAUGAACCCGGCGAGCGCCUACCGCAUGCUCCACGACUUUACGAUGCUGAGCCCAGGUGACACGGUCAUUCAGAACGGAGCGAACAGCGCAGUGGGCCAGGCCGUCAUCCAGAUCGCGGCGUCCCUGGGGCUCGUGAGCAUCAACAUCAUCCGAGACAGGCCGGAGCUGUCCAAGCUGGUGGCAAAGCUGAAGGCCAUGGGCGGAGACUUUGUGUUCAGUGAGGUGGAGCUUCGAAGGCCAGACGUCAGGGAGGUGCUGAAGAAGCUCUGCAAGCCACGACUGGCGUUGAACUGCGUGGGAGGAAAGAGUGCCACGGAACUCCUUCGCAACCUCGAGCGGCACGGAACUAUGGUGACCUACGGCGGAAUGUCGAUGCAGCCCGUCAUCAUCCCCACGAGCGCGCUCAUCUUCAAUGACAUCAAGAUUGUGGGGUUCUCGGUGACUCGAUGGAAGAGGCAUCAUUCUCAUGAUGGCUCGGCGUACAAGCGAAUGCUGACCGAGCUGUGCAGCCUGGCUCGCUCGGGGAAGCUGACCGCCCCGGCGUGUGCUGAGGUUCCGUUCCGGGAUUUCCGAGCGGCGCUGGAAGCGGCGGCAAAACCAUUCGCUUCGGAAAAGCAGGUCCUCGUGAUGUGACGUCCCACUGGUGCUGACUUGCUCGACGGCGGUUAUCUCGUUGAUUCGUGGGCGCUCGUCAAACGCGGGCAGUCUUGUGGUGUGACACCGGAAGUUAUAGGAGGUAAUUAAAAUAUAUAAAUCCACAUUUUAUUGUAUUCAUCCACCAGCCUUGCCUCCAUGGUGCUGGUUUACUACCAUGCACCACCAGGCCUGGUACUUGGUGCAGGCACCAGUGCCAUUUAAUUUUAAUUUUACCAGGUAAGGCCCACUGAGACAUAUCGCUAUUUUUCAAAAGCGACCCGGCCACAAAUUGAUAUCUCAACGAAAUGGCAAAAGUCUGUGGCUUGUCGUGCUCCUAGAAGAGCAAUGCAUAACUUAAAGGGUAUUUCCAGUGCCGUCAGGCCAGAUGCGUUCCGUUCCUUGGCUGCCACUCCGUAAUGUUUGUUGACCAAUGGCCUUCCCUUUUAGCAACGUGUCCUGUCCAAACACACUUUUAAACAGUUUCAAUUGUGUCAGUAACCGAUGCCCUCCAAUCCUUCUAAACAUGCAUCAAUUUAUGCUUCUUUGCACGCUAUUAUACAUUGGCAGCAUUUUGGAUGUUAUUGUUAGUUUCAUGUUCAUAUGAAUUGGCUCCUAUGUUUGUUUUGUACUUGUGAUGAACUUUGUGUAUGAUGAAAACUAAUAAAGCGUUGAA